CUAGUUUUAUUCUCUUUCUUGACAAAAAAACAAAUCAAAAAUCAAAAUUAUUACAUGUGGUCGUGAUUAUAGCAAGAAGGAUUGAAAGUGCAAAUCUUGAAGGAGAACUCAAAUCAAAUGAUACGUACAUAGUUCAUGUUCAUCCUGAAGCAUCUUUUAUUCUUUUUCGUUUAUGUUUCAUUCCUUCUCCGAUUACUUAGAUCCAAUUUCAAUCAUAAUCAAAUUAAUCCAACUAACAAUUCCAUUAUUGUAACAACAAAUAUGAAGAACCAAGUUGGUUAUGUUCCACCUGCUUACAUUCCAUUGGGUCAAUCAGAUUCAGAGGCAAUGAGUCUCUCUCCUCUACACCAUGGUGGUAGUAGUAGCAAUGUUUCAAAUCAAUGGUCUUCUGGAAUCUGUGCUUGUUUCGAUGAUAUGCAGAGCUGUUGUAUAGGUUGUCUUUGUCCUUGCUACCUCUUUGGGAAGAAUGCAGAAUUUCUAGGUUCUGGCACGUUCAUGGGAUCAUGUGUUACCCAUUUUAUAUUGUGGAGUCUUGUUAAUACAGCCUGCUGCUUGUUAACCGAUGGCCUGUUUUUGGGAUUACCUGGAUGCCUUGUUUCAUGUUAUGCUUGUGGCUACCGCAAUACCUUAAGAUCAAAGUAUAAUUUGCCGGAAGCACCAUGUGGGGAUUUUGUAACCCAUUUUUGCUGUCAUUUGUGUGCCAUUUGUCAAGAGUACCGUGAAAUAUGCGAAAGAGCUGGGGAUUCUGAAGCUACAGAUAUGAAGCUGGCAGUAGUUACAGCUCCACCAGUCCAGACAAUGCAGUCGGAUUCCAGUCAGUAAUGCCACAACCCUGCUCCCCUUAUGGUUUGAGGAUUUCAAACUUGGGUGAAGCAUGUGGUUCAUUAUGCACUACAAGUUCUACUGAUCCUAGCAUUUCUCACUUUUACUUUUUCAAUUAUCUUGAAGGAAAAACUAGAAGAAUAUAAAACACUCAGUUGUAAAUGAAAAUUUAGUAUGUUCAGUGCUUAGUUAUAUAUUACUUCUUCAGUGC